AUGGCCGCCACCGAACAGCAAUCUCAAGCUCCAGCUUGGAAACAGGAAGUUAUUCGACGAAAACUUGAGAACGAACGCAGUAAAGACGUCGAACGUCGAUGGGAGAAGCUAAUUGAAACCGAGGGAGCUGAUGCCCCAGAAUGGAUGCGGGAAACGGCCUUGAAAAAGAAAGCCCAAAGGGAUAAGUUGACUGCGGCUGGAAUUCCUCCUUGGAUGCAAGAAAUGCAACGUCGUGGAAGUAAUCUCACUAAAAAGAUGGCUGAGGCUCAACAGGUGCAAGAAAUCGAUCCCUCUGAACGUGCUCCGACUGUGGAUUCAACAGAAAGUUAA